CGAAUAAAGACAAUUCGUUGUAUAUGUGUUGGGAUAACAGAAUCUUUGAUCAUGUUCUUCGGAGGUGCCGCGAUUAGCUCCUGCGCCAUCCUCGCCUUUUUUUCGGUAUUAUGUACAGCACAAAUCCACAACCAAAAUUUAUUAUACGACAGAGGGAUGGAAGUAAACGCAGAGAGGCAGAACCGGACCGAGAACAAUAAGUCUAUGCCCCUUCAGUGCUACGUUUGCAAUUCUGCGUUCGACCCGAGGUGCGCGGACCCAUUCGAUCCCUACACCAUAGGAAUUAUCAAUUGCUCGGAUAGACCGACACCGGAACACGUGAAAGAUCACUUACACUUAGACCGAAUAGUGGUACCAGUGGUCUGCCGAAAGAUGGUGCAGAAAGUUGAGGGGGUCGUCCGCGUGGUCCGUAGCUGCGGCUACAUCAGGGACGACCACGACGACAAGAAGUGCUUCAGAAGGACAGGCACCGCGGCAGUAGAAGUGAUUCACUGCUCGUGCACCAAGUCCCUGUGCAACGCCGGCCACUCAUCUCAACGUCCAUAUUUUAGCGCAAUUUCUUUGAACGUAGCAAUUACACUAGCAAUAACAAAUCUCCUGGGCGGACAGACAUCUUAAUUUUCAAGGGUUGUGUAGGGGGGACGUUUUAUUUAGUUUUAAGGGUCGAUUGAAGCUGAGGUGAUCACAGGCCAGCCAUUUUCAUAAGUUUUUAUAAAAAAUAGAUAAUUUGAAAUAAAAAUUUUGUGCUGACAAGAAAAAGAGCCCUAAUAUCCAAGAUCAAUAACAUUUGUAAACAUUUGAUACAACAGAAAACAUCAUUUGAACUUACGAUGACAGGAUGACAUUUUUUGGAGUUGCAAAUGCAAAUAAAAAAUUUUUCUGAAAUUUAUGAAAAUGGUUAACCUGUAAGGAGUUAUCAAAAUUGAUUUGACCUUAAUAUAUGAGUUUUCCAGCUGUCUAAAAUUGGAAACAAUAUUUAUAUUUGCAAAAUAAGUUGAUUAUUAGACUUUAAGGAAAGAAAAUAAUAUCGUUAAGUAAAUGUAAGUAUAUUUGAGAUCAAAAAUAUAACUUCAACUGUCCGUUUGAACGUUUUUAACCAAUCAAAAAAUUUCAGAAUAACAAAUGCCGUUUCUGUGAUGAAUUUUAUACUCGCGUUAAUUAUAAUUAUUAUCAACUAAGAACUACUUUGUACUGUUUUUUUUUUUUUAGUAUAACUCAAUUGACAAUUUUAAUGAACAACUUUUUAAUGAUUGGACAAAAAUUCUUACUCCCCUUUCCCCAUUGAUAGUUUAAGGUCAAAGGUAAUUAGGGCAUUAUCGAUAGGAUUUGUUAUUGAUAUUACUAGAAGUAAAGUUUG